CAGCUGAAAUAAUGUUUAUCUAGGGGGUUUCUUUGUAGAUAAUAAAAACAGAUGUAAGCCUUGAUGAAAUAUCCAAACUUAAAUAUAUUUUGACACUGGUCCAUGAUCGUUGAAUGGCCCCUCUACACUUUUGUUGCACCUUUAACAUUGCGUCAAUGGAGAAAUUGGCCCACACUCUAGAAAAGUCGAAAAUGAUUCAAAUUAAUAACAUAGCUGUUUAAAUCAAAGCUACUAUUCUGGAAAACUUUCCACUGAAUUCAAAUACAGUGACCUAUUAAAAAUGCAGUACGUACAUUAUCUUGAGGAGAUAAUGGUUAAUAUUGUGCUCAAAUUCAAGCUGUGUUUUGUAAUACUAGUAAACUGGUGCCAGGAUAUAAAUUUCAUUAUUUUCAUACGUUGUACCAACUAACCCUGAUGUGUGAAAUUAAUUUUUCAUUCCACCAAGAGCUGCUCAGCCAGAUACAAGUUAUCAUCGUGUAGUGUUAAGUGUGUAGAACACAUUGCUGCUCCAGAGCUGGUUCUCGAUAUGUCUGAAUCUGAUGAGCUUGUGUUUGGUGCUGGUGCAAAGACAGCAGACGAAGCGUAUGCUUUGGCUACUCGAGUGGGACAGGAAAACAUCACACAAGCAGAAGUUGGUGACUUCUAUGAGCAAUGGGCAGCAACUUAUGACAAGGAUCUCCUUCUCAAUGGUUAUAACAGCUCAACCCCAAUUGUUGCUGCAAGAGAGUUGGCAGAAUACAUUGACGACAAGAGUGCACCAGUCUUGGACCUUGCUGCUGGGACUGGUAUUGUUGGAGGAGAGUUGAAGAGAUUGGGCUUCACUCACAUAGACGCCUUAGAUGCCAGCCAAGCAAUGCUCGACAAGGCCACAGAGAAAAAUGUCUACAAAAGGCUUAUAUGUGACUAUAUGGGACCAAACAGAUUGGAUAUUGAGGACAAUACGUAUGGGGGUGCUGUGGCGACUGCUUGCUUUGUAACUGGUCACGCCAGACAAGACUGUUUCUUAGAAAUCAUAAGAGUCCUUAAGC